AAGCGCCUGGCCGCUAAACGCGCUAUUUACAGAGUUCACAGAUAAGACGGCAAAGUGCAAUAAUCAAUAAACGUUGUGCUUGUCAAGCAUAAAAACUUCCAAUUAAACUAGAUUGUAGAUUAGAUCAAGUCAUUACGGAAUUCCAUGCCAGUUCAAAUUUACAUGCUUUACUAAACUAUUUGCACGAAUUUUCAACGCCAAGGGAAACAGCAUAUGUAUAUUUUUUGAAUUGCAUUAAGCACCCCCAAAAAAAUAUAUUUGGGGGUUGUUGCUCAUACAAACAUCGUGCGAAAGGAGAACGAUAAAAAAAAGUGAAAACCCCAUGCAUAUAAAAAUCAACUACGUUCGCCUUUACCAAAAGCUAUAGCUAUACAAAGUUUAAUUUAAAUAUAGAGAGUGUCGGCGCUAUUGGUCAUGUCUCUGGAGGAUCCGUUUUUUGUUGUCAAGGACGAGGUUUUUAAAGCGCUGAACAAAACACGCGGCCUGUUUUUGCGUUGGCGUGAACUGGGUGAAAACGGCGGCUCCGAAGUUGAAUGGACAACCACUGAGCUUAGGAACUCGCUGCGCAGCAUUGAAUGGGAUCUGGAGGAUCUUGAGGACACUAUCAGCAUUGUAGAGAAGAAUCCGACUAAAUUUCGCAUAGAUAAUCGUGAACUUUCCAGCCGGCGUAAUUUCAUCGACAACACACGCGAUGAAGUCAAGCAGAUGAAGGAUAAGAUGAGUCUGAAUCGGAACAGGGACAGAGAUAUAACCGCACAUCAACCACUGCUUGAGAACGAACGCAAUCACAAUCAUAAUAACCACAACAACUCAUCCAACAACGAAUAUCAUACGCACAACGAUCGCACCUAUUUGGUUGAUUGUCCCAAUACACAGUCGGUAGCCAAUACCAUAGCCGGCACCAUGUCGACAGCAGCAGCAGCAGCGGCGGCCGCCACGCGGCACAGUGGCACCAAAUACUCCAAGCUAGAGAAUAAUUUGGAUUUGGAUAGUCCGAGUCAUUAUGGCAACAGUUUGGAUAGUCCGGGGCAUCGGUAUGUGGGUGAAACAGUGUCCAUACAGCAGCGAAUGAUACAGGGCCAGGAUGAACAGCUCGAUAUGAUUAGCGAUUCCAUUGGCACACUCAAGACUGUUUCUCGGCAAAUUGGUGUCGAACUAGACGAGCAGGCUGUCAUGCUGGAUGAUUUUGGUAAUGAGUUUGACACAACCGAAUCCAAGCUUGAUAAUACUAUGAAAAAAGUUGCCAAAGUAUUGCACAUGAAUAACGAUAAACGUCAGUGGGCUGCCAUUUUGAUACUUUCUGUGCUGUUAUUGUUCGUGAUAAUUUUGUUUAUUAUUUUGUAAUUCCAUUCUGUAGUGUAAAUUACUUAGAUUUAU